CUCACCUCUUAUUGGUCUGUUUGAAUUUUUUCCUCCUCCUUUUUUCUCCCAUUGGAUCAGGGCAUUUCCGGGUAACUUUAUAAAUGGGGGCCUGCUCAGUUUUCGUUACUUCACUGAACUGCCACACGCAGCAAUGGAAGAGCACGAUAUGAAAGAGGACGAGGAGGGAGAAUUGAAUUCUUCAACAGCCUCUUCCUUCGUGAACUCUGAAGGGGAGUCUGAUAACGAUUAUUUCCCUCCAAACUCGACAGAAGAGGAAGACUCUGAGGAAAAUGCGGAGGAGGAGGAGGAGGAGGAGGAGGAGGAGGAGGAAGAAGGGGGACAGCAGCUGAUACAGGAGAACGACCAGGAGGAAUAUGACGACAUGUGGUUAUCAAAGGACAAAAAGAUUUUGUGGUCCUCGAGCAAUGAGGUGGCAGGACAUUAUGUCCCCCCUCGAAUCCCCUCCUCUGGGCCAACAUUGUAUGCUAUAGCCAGGAUCAAGAGCCCAGAGACAACAUUUAACCUUUUUUUCCCAGAUAACAUCAUCCAGCUGAUUUUGGACAUGACCAACCUACACGGAAAGAGGACCCUCAAGGGCUGGGUAACCCUAACGGCACAGGAGCUGCGGGCAUACAUGGGGCUGCUGAUCCUGGCUGGUAUGUACCGAUCUAAAAACGAAGCUACGCUCAGCCUCUGGGACAAGGAGAUGGGACGUCCGGUGUUCGCCGAGACAAUGACGCGUGGGAGAUUUGCGUAUAUCAGCCGCGCCCUGCGCUUUGAUGACGAGCAGCGAAUGCCACAGCGUCACCAAAGAAACAAAAUGUUCCCAAUUGAGGACCUCUGGUUGAAGUGGAGUAGCCUCCUACCAAAGAUGUUUUACCCAGGGAGGGAUAUUUGCAUUGAUGAGCAGCUCGUCCCCUUUAAGGGUCGCUGCCCCUUCAGGCAGUACAUGCCCUCCAAACCAGCGAAAUACGGAUUGAAAAUCUGGGCGCUUUGUGAUGUCGCCACCUCAUACGCAUGGAAGCUUGAAGUGGACACAGGGACACCUCCAGAAGGACAGCGGGAAACAAACGUUGGCAUGCGAGUCGUUCUGAACCUGUGUACCGCUUUGGAGGGCCACACGGUCACAGUGGACAAUUUUUUUUCCUCAAUACCCCUGGCUCUGGAGUUAAAAAAAAAGAAAAUGACUCUCGUCGGAACCAUCAGGAAAAACAAACGGGAGCUCCCUCCACAACUCCUCCAACUGACCAGUAGACUUCCCCUUUCAAGCGAAUUUGCUUUUACAAACUACAUGACCUUGGUGUCUUACAUCCCCAAAAAGGGAAGAAACGUUUUGUUGUUAAGCACAAAGCACCAUGAACCAGAAGUGGCGGGAGAAAAGAAAAAGCCGAAAAUUAUAUUGGACUACAACAAAUGCAAAGGCGCAGUGGAUCACCUGGACCGCGCAUGUGGCGCGUACUCUACCCGCAGGCGGACACUAAGGUGGCCCGUGACCCUUUUUUACCACAUGUUGGAUACGUCUUGCUUCAAUGCGUUUGUCUUGUACACACAAGUAAACCCAAACUGGAACAGCCAAAAACUAUACAAACGGCGGGUUUUUCUGUCAGAAGUCGCAAUGGCGCUUGUUCAGCCUGAAAGUCACAAAAGACGGGCAAAGAACCCUCCAGUUACAAAGAACCUCACAGUUACGGAUGGCCAACAGGCUGAAGUGGUAGUACACCCCCGGAGAAGAAGGCAGUGUGCACAUUGUGUAAAACGACUGAGAGCAUCAAAUUCCUGCUCUAAGUGUGACAAAGCGAUCUGCCACAAACAUACCAAGGCAACUUGUUUUAAUUGUUAAAAAAACAAAAAAGGGUUGAUUGUGUUUACUCUUGU